CUUCCGCCUCGUUCCCCUUUAUAAAGGGCAGGAUUUCCGCUUUCGCUCCUUUCCGGCGGUGACGGGCCGGGCGCGCGGACAUGCCUCUCGCCAAAGACCUCCUGCAUCCCUCUCCCGAGGAGGAGAAGCGGAAACACAAGAAGAAGCGGCUGGUCCAGAGCCCCAACUCCUACUUCAUGGACGUCAAGUGUCCAGGAUGCUAUAAAAUCACCACGGUCUUCAGCCACGCACAGACGGUGGUCCUGUGCGUCGGCUGCUCCACUGUCCUCUGCCAGCCCACGGGGGGGAAGGCCCGGCUCACAGAAGGAUGCUCCUUCCGGCGAAAGCAGCACUGAGUCCCUUCCCCUGGAGUCCUGGGCGGCGGCGGCGGGUGAAGGCAGCGUGAGGGGAGCGGGGGCCCCCUGCCCACCUGCUGUCAAUAAAUUUUGGAUAAAAGCUGA